AGUAGCGGAAGCCGAGGGAGUAGGAGAGCGUGGAGUAUCUUCAUCCAGCUGCAGCCUGAAACCCAACACCGCUUGCUGAUUGCCUGAUCUACCAACUCAAGCUGGCACACAGGAUAAAGCAAAAUAUGGGAAGGAAACUGGAUCUUUCUGGCCUGACAGAGGAUGAAGCUGAACAUGUCCUUCAAGUAGUCCAGCGAGACUUCAGUCUGCGGAAAAAAGAAGAGGAGAGGUUGAGUGAACUAAAGCAGAAGCUGGAUGAAGAAGGCGACAAAUGCUCCAUUUUAUCCAAGCAGCAGAAGUUUAAUGAGCACUGCUGCAUCCGAUGCUGUUCCCCGUUUACAUUUCUUAUCAAUUCCAAGAGACAGUGUUUGGAUUGCAAGUUUAACAUCUGUAAAAACUGCAGCUCUUACCAAAAGAAAGAGAAGGCGUGGAUUUGCAAUGUCUGCCAGCAAACAAGGCUACUGAGGACACAAUCUCUGGAAUGGUAUUAUAAUAAUGUGAAAAGUCGGUUUAAGCGAUUUGGAAGUGCCAAGGUCCUCAAGAAUUUAUACAAAAAGCAUAGGCUUGAGAGCGGGGCUUGUGCAGAUAUUGUAGAGGGGAAUUUUAUUGAUGAAAGCAUUGAAAAUGAAGGGAGCAUUUGUGGAAGCGACUCAACAUUCUACAGACAAACAGAAGGCCACAGUAUGAUGGACACUCUCUCGGUGGCCUUGCGUGUUGCUGAAGAAGCUGUAGAAGAAGCCAUUGACAAAGCUGACUCAUACAGAGACAACUUGGACAAACAGAAUGAGGCCUGUUAUUUGAGAAAGCAUAAAGAAGAACUGAUUGAAGAACUUGCAACAACCAUUGUUCAAAAGAUUAUCAAAAGGAAGAAAAGCAAAAGUGAACAAGCUGAAGCCCUGUAUGAAUGGCAACAGUCAAGAGGCAGUGUCAUAACAUCACCCGCCACAUCUGAUCAAAGCAUACUGAAUCUUCAGGAUAGCAAUCGAGGACCGGAUGCAUUAUGGAGGUCUCAUUCUGCAUUUUCCCUGAUGAGUGAAGAUACCCCAAGCAACAAUGCUGACAUGAAAUCCGCCCGACAGGAAACGAUUUGCCAACAUCCGAGAAAUUUCAGUAAAAAAGCAAAAGAAAGGAGGCCUUCUACACUUCCAAGCUGGAAAAGUGUUGACAGCCUAUAUGACUCAAGUCCCUCACCAGUUCUACAGCGGUCUGAUGGAAAUUGGGUAGCCCUUCAAAGCAUUACAUUGUCUCCUCCACGAAUGCUUGCUCAGCCAAAGAGUCAAGUCCUCAAGGCCUUUGAAAAUGAGUCCAGAGUUAUGUCAGCAUAUGAUGAGAUGGCCUCAGAUAGUGAUGAGGAAGUUGACUGGAGCUUAGCCCUCAGUUCAUACAGUCGAAGACAGUUGUCAGAUGAUUCCUGCUAUGCAGACUCCCAGUGCAACCCUGAAUGGGUGUGCAAUAAUGAUUACUAUCAGCCGGUGACAUCCCCAUCAUCUGGCCUAUACACCAACACUGAAACUGUGUAUUCUGAUCCAGAGACCUCAUCACUGAACUCAUUGAAAGAAACAAGGCAAUGUUCCAAGUCACUAUGGCCAAACAGAAAAGUCCCUUAUAAUCAGAUGCAAAAGGACCAUGGCUAUGGAAAGAUGGAUAUUAACUUUAACCCUCAGUCUAAUAGUAUGGACUAUUCAGACAGUAGUGAAGCAGAGAAAACCCAUUUUGAUGUAGAAAAAAAGUCCAGGAGGUGGAAAAAGAACAAAACAGAUUUCAUGAAGGGGCAGAAAAGAUCUCUAAGCACAAAUAAGUCUUUCUGUGAUAUAUCAGAAACCGAUACAAACAGCAGAGGAUCACAUCACAGGACCAUAACAGAUAAUCAAGAACAAAAACUAAAAACUAGAUUAUGUGAAUUAACGGCAAAGAUGAGUGACAAAGAAACUUCAUCUGGAGAAGAGCAUGAUCCAGAGAUGAGACUGGAAAGCAGAAACCAAGAGAUGGUAUCUGAGGAGAGUGGCAUGUGUGUGCAAGAGGAGCUAAAAAAGGAAAAACGCCAGGCUUUAGAGCUUCAUUUAAAACAACAGUUUUUAUCCUCUGUACUUCAACAGAAGUACUCUGCUGUGUCUCUCUGCAACAUAUCAACAGAGGUCCUUAAAGUUAUCAAUGCCACUGAAGAAAUGAUAGCAGGAUCCUUGGGUCCGUGGGAAUCCCCAGCAAAUACGCCUGAUCGUGGGUCUUUUCCUAUAGGUGCUGAUCCAGUAAGAGUAGAUGAACAACUCACCAAACUGGAAGAAAAUGUUUACCUCACAGCUGGCACAGUGUAUGGAUUAGAGGGGCAGCUCAGUGAGAUUGAAGGCUCAGCACGCAAUAUUAGCAGCUCUACAACUCCGUUGGAACUUGCUGACCUUGAAGAUCAAGUUGCUACAGCAGCAGCACAAGUUCAUCAUGCUGAGCGUCAGAUUUCUGAUAUUGAGAGUCGUAUUUCAGCCCUUACCGUUGCAGGCCUAAAUGUUGCCCCUUGUGUGAGGCUAACCAGAAGAAGGGAACAGAAAAGCAGUAGUCAGGAAGUACAAACAAUAGACACCUCUAGACAACAAAGGAGAAAACUACCAGCAACUCCCUUGCAAGAUGAAGAAGCUGAAGGCUCAGUAGUGGCUGCUACGAGGACAUUUAAUCAUAACUUUGUGCUGCAAGGAUCUUUGACACAACGUACAAAGGAUUGGAAAAACACUCCAAAGGAUGUUAUGGAACCAACUAAAGGCUCCAUCAUAAUGUAUUGAAGACACAUUGAACCUGCCAAAUUAAUGAUGCCUAAAUUUGAACACAAGAGUGCCUUUAUUAUCUGUCAUUAUUGUUCAUAUAACUAUGUGGAUUGUCAUGUGAAGCUCAGUAACGGGGCUUUAUUGAGAUACCUCACUGGAAUCGUCAACAUUGUGUUCUGCUAAAAAAAAAACCCUCUGCCUUAAAUAUUUAGCAGAUGCAGUGAAUUGUUACUGAGUUUCAAAUGAAUGGCUCUUGGUAUAAAGGUGCACUUUUUAUUUCUGUCAAAGUAGCACGGUAAUGUGUCAAAAACGGUUUUCUAUCCUUGUAUCCAAUGUAUUCAUGCCAAAAUUCGUAAGAACAAAUCUUUUAGUGGAAAUGUAUUUCCAGAAUGUCAGGAGGAAUACUAUAUUACCGUGCAAUGUUUUUGUAACAAUUUUAAAUAUUGUUUGUAUAUACUGUAAAUAGAAUUAUAGUAACAAAAAGUUACAUUUUAUAAAAAAUUUUCUUAUGUAAACCCAUUCUAACGCUAAGAACAGAAAAAAAGUGUAUCAUUUUAAUAGAUGAUGUCCUCUUGAUGUUUUAAUCAA